UCGCAGAGGCGUCGCUUCAUCGGCGGGUGUUAGAUAUUUUACGGUUACUUUACGUUUCAUUGCCAUAAAAAACGUAAAAGGAUGGAUAUCACGCGAGAUAAAAACAUUACCAUGCUCAAACGUCAAUUCGCCGGUUCUCUAAUCGGUUUCAUUGGCGGAUAACUCCGAAGCGUAGGUGUGGAUGUUGUUGCAUUUAAAAAUAACCGGUGACGGCAGUUGUGUGUUUAUUCGUAGCCACGCUAAUUCGGGCAAUGUCCGUAAUCCGAGUUGAAGAAAAAAGAUAUUUUCACUGUACGUUGGAAGAUUCGCUUCCGGUUCGAGUGUCUUACCUUCUUGGUAGCAGUUAAAGAAGUAUCGUUAUACAAAUUUUAAUUUAAAAUUUAGCUCACCUCGAAUAUUUUUAUUUCUCAACGUUUUGGAGUACCCUGGGUCCAGGAGUCCAAAAAUUCGUCUCUAGUCUCUUUUAUACCUUAGGAAUGGUUAUGAAACAAAAAAAAAAAAAAAAAAAAUUUCGUACGUUUGAGUGUGUAUAUGCAUAUAUUCAAGUUGGAUCUUAGGAGUGAUUUAUCAGAAAACAAUGAAUUUUAAUAUGUGUCGGCAACGAAGGAAAUGACAAUGUCUCACUCGGUAACCGUCAGAACGCAAACGAUGACUAGCACCUCCACUUCGGUCAUUAUCAACAGCGGCUACUUGAAGACGUGGGGCGGCAUCAUCAAGUUGUUGCAGCUGACGCUGGGAGUCGUUUGCGUGGGAAUAAUCGGUCAUCAGUUCACCACAAAUCAGUAUUUCGUCACCGCUGAAUUAUUUUUCCUACUAAUAAUGACAACAUUUAUGAUUGGUACAUUUAUUAUCAUCGUGAGCUGCUUAGCAUCGUUCUCAACUUCUUCAAUUAUCGUCAAAACCAUUUAUGAACUCAUGUACCACGCGAUAGCAUUCGGACUGAUUCUAGCCGCGUCGCUAACGUUUCUGGUGAACGUUUCCAACAGAAAUCAAAGAGGCUACGAAGUGCUGAUGACUGGUGCCAUCUGUGGUUUGGUGAACUCGGCGCUAUAUUUUCUGAGCACCAUCAUAGCUGUGCGCACGCACAGAGGACUUUAAGGAGACCGUUGCGUUUUUUUGUCAAGAAUCUUCAAACAUCUGCGCGUCUGUAACCCUUUUGCGAUCCGUAUGUCGAGUUUACCUCGAUGUAAUGAAACGAGAAAAUUUCAACCGCAAAGGAUUAAAUUGCUCGUCCAAUUCGUUUCGUAUACUCUGUAAACUUUGGACUGAUUUGGAUCACGGUGAUUCGAUACCAAACGUGAUUUAAGUAUUAUCUAAGUCACGACUUUUUAUACCUGAGUGUAAUUCAAACGAUAUAUUUAUAUUUCAUACGUACACACGUACUGCCAUCGCGCUAUUUAACUCUCUAAACGUGUUACGUCGACGAUCAGCUCGUCUCAGACGCACAGAGCGAUGAACGAAUUACAAAUUAAAUUAUAGGUUUUUUUACGCGAUAUACAGACACUCCCCACACACUAACUGAUAUACUACGUGGGCAUUUUGUACUCCUUAUACUGAUCUACAUGCGUCAUUCGCACAAGUUUUUUUUUUUUUUUUUGUAACUAUAUUUAUAUAAAGUAUAUAAACACGCGUACACGUAUAUUUAUUGUAAUUAUAUGUAAUAUUUAUAAUAUAAAAAAACAAGACGAAAUAAAGCGUUUCAUAAAGACA